AAGUUUCAAAAAUCAGUUUUUCCUCCUCCUUAAAGCAGCAGCAGUAACAGUCAGUGAGCUCCACACAGCUGCAGUGAUGUGGAGACAUUCUCCUCGAUGACCUGAGCUGAAUUACGGUGAAACUGCGUCGAUUAUCGUCGUCUUGUCUCGCCAUGGACACAUUAGAGGCUACGUCGGAGCUGCAGUCUCGACUCGCAUCCCUGUCUUUCUCUUCUUUCCCUGGAAUAACAUCCCAACAGUGCGACGACGGACCAGUGGACGGGCUCCAGAGUACAGACCUGUCUCUGUCUAAAAACCCGACCGACAUGGAUGAAACCAAGCAGGAUCCUGGGCUGCCAUCAGAGGAUAAUGAAGAGGCCCCUGCUGAGCUGGCCCCUGGGGGAGCAGGCGAGGAGAACAACAGUGCUGGGAGCUGUCAACUCUCCGCCGAGAUGAAAACCCAGAUGCCGGACCUGAGUCCGCCGACGACAUGGACAUCUGCUUCACUGAAGGAGCUCAAGGCUAAGCUUCAACAGGAGAAGGACAGUGUGGUGACAGUGUACAGAGGUGACAUCAUGACGGUUCACGUUCCCACUGUCCCCGAGGCCAAAAAAGUCUGCUGGGAGUUUGCCACAGAUGGAUACGACAUUGGAUUUGGAAUCUAUUUUGACUGGAGUCCUGUGACUAGCCAGUCCAUCACGGUGCACAUCAGUGAGUCCAGCGAUGAUGAAGAUGAAGAGGAGGAACUAGAAGGUCCCGUCAGAAACGGAGAUGUUGAAAAAGGCUCCAAAACUCAAACCAACUCAAACCUGGCGGAACUGUUACCCGUGUACCGUCAGGACAGUCACUUGACCGUCUUCGGGGGCAGCCACGAUUUCCCAGGUGAAGGAACCUACCUGCUGAAGUUUGACAACUCCUACUCACUAUGGCGAAACAAAACGCUCUACUACAGAGUUUAUUACAGUGCCUGAGGUGUUCGUCCGUCAUCAGAGAAUGUUGCUUAAAUUUUACGAUUCAUUAUUUUUUUUGAUUCCACACUUGGGAAAAAAUGAAGUUCUAAUAUAAAGUAUAGGUAUAUCUAUUUUUAUCGCUCUAGGCUUGUGUUGCCACAUGUUGAAAUCAUAUAUAUAUACAUCUAUAUAUAUAUAUAAAUAUAUAUCUACAUAUAUAUAUAUUAUCUGAGUGUUUGAAUGCAUGUUCUCAUGUAUGCAGUGGAUUGAAAAAGUCUACACAACUGUUUAUAGCACUAGGGUUUUCCAUGUGUAACAAUGAUGCAAACUUUUUUUUUUUAUAAUUUAUUUUAUUUUUUAUUUAGACCAAAGUGUACAUUUCUACGAUGAGUAUGACGAUAAUAGAUUUAGGAUAAAAAAAUAUCUACAAUGAUGAGAAAAUCAUUUAUAUAUGAAUUUUUUCUUAAAAAGUUACGACUUUAUACUGUUAAUUUAAGUCUAUAGACUAGACCUAUAGACCUAAUACCUAAUAAUCUAUAGACCUAUUACUACAUUUUCUUGUAACGUAUACUUAUUUCAAUCUUGUAAGGUAAUAUUUUUUUUCUCAUAAAUUUACAACUAUUUUCUCGUAAUAUUACGACUUUAUUCCCGUAAACUUAUGUUACCAUUUUUUUUCUCAAAAACACAACAUACACUUAUAACUUUAUUCUCGUAACUUUGGGACAUUUUUCUUAUAAUGUUACAUUUUUUCUCAACAUAUGUUUUUUUUUCUCCUAAUAUUACAACUUUAUUCACAUUAUUUUAGAUAUUUUUUCAUCCUUAGUGUCACACUCAGACACCAUCGUACAUUUCAAACCAAAACAAAGAACUUUUUCUGGAAGAAAACUAAAAAUGAAUGCUUUUUCGUGUACAUUCUUUAUCGUAUCCUGGAGGUUUGAUGCCACUGUUGUUUCCUUUUGUGACUAAAUCCCAAAAUAUGAUGCUGCCUCCACCGUUCUUCACUCUUUCGCAGUGACAUAAGAAAGAUGGAGAACUGGCGACCUCAGCCAGGCCUGGAUGUUUUCCUUUUUUUUUGUCGUCAUGCAUAUCAUUUUUGAAACCCUUUCUUGUAGUCUCCACAGAUGAAGAGCAGCAGUGACUUGCACCUGCCGGCUAUUUCCUUUUAUGAUGUGUACUUUAAUGCUAACAGGGGCCUCCAUGCUUCUUCCAUAACCAGGUUUGUUUUUGUUUUUACAACAGUUCCACUGGGAUGUCUGGCUCUGUGCUAAGUCACUAUUGUUGUGUGUUGUUUUUUUCUUCCACUCUGUGGUGACGGUCUUCACUGUGUCACAUGACAUUUCAAAUGCCUUAGAAUGGGGAUUAUAAUUCUUAGCACAGCGUAGCGUUUGAUCUAAGGUUCAACUCAGUAAAUAGAGCUGGUUAUGGUGGAUUCAUUUGAUGGCAGGUUUGUGCUGACUGCAAUUUCGCAUUUGUUUGAAUGUAAUUGUGGCAUCAAAACUUAUAAUAGGUUGGCUUUUUUUCUCUUUACGACCAAAUGUAGUUUUUUUUUUCAUUAUAUUUGAGUUAGUUUAAACUGAAAUGGACACAUUAUAAGCAUCACUUUCAUAGAGUUGUGUAGACUUUUUUUUUUUUUUUUUACAACCAUUGCCUGUUGUCCACAACCCAUACAUUUCACUGGUAGUAGUGAUCAGGGAACUCAGUAUGCACACAAUUACUGUAUGUGAAUCAUUUCAGUCGUCUGGGUGUUAACGCCUGCACUUUCUAUGUUUCUGGUUGUUCCUUAGUUUUGUGGCUGUCCCCUGUGUUUUAUCAUGCUACUUUGUUUCUACGUUGUCAAAUCCAAUCAUGUGAUAAUGCAGAAAACGAAUGGUUUGAAAUGGAAACUGUGCACAGACGGGUCCUCUGUCACUGUGGUGUGUCUGUAGAUGUGUUCCCUCUGGCAGCAGUUUUUCAUUGUGUUCUUUUUAUGACACAAACAAAAGGCUGCCCCUUAUCAUGGAACACUCUUAUUAUGUAAUAAAGAUCCAAUAUUUACAUUUGCCUUACUCCUGCGUUCAGUUGCUGUUUUAAGGGGAAGGGAGCAGUUGUGAUUACUCAUCUAAAUGUGUCGUGUGCACCGGUCUAUGUCACUGUGUUUGUUGAUGGAUAUUCAACCCUCUGUGUCAGUUUUUACCUUGUUCACAUGUGCACAUCGUUCCAAAGAUCUGACAGAUGUGGCUGCUGAGGACAGACGUGAUGUUUCCAGCCUUUGUUUGCUGUAUUGGUCUUUUCACUGUAAGUUAUAUUUGUUCGUGAAAUUUCUAUUCAACAAUAAAAGAGAAGAUUGACUUGUU